ACACACAAGGGCUCUACUGGACCCACUGGGGGAUUUGGCUCCUCAAACUUCCUUCUGCAGGACAGACUGUGCCUCUUGGGGUGUUUUGGAAUUAAACGUGUGGAUCUUUUUCUCAUGAGCGCCCCGAACGGACUGCACCAGGGUAUCCUGACCUCAAAUCUUUAGGGAAUGGCUCUGCGCUCCAGGACUGGAUUUUAUCGGCAGGAGGUAAACAGGACCGUGUGGGAAGUUCCAGAACGCUACCGAGACCUGAGGCAGGUUGGGACUGGAGCUUAUGGGACUGUUUGUUCAGCGUGGGAUCGUCGUACAGGGUCACAGGUGGCCAUCAAAAAGCUUCACCGACCCUUCCAGUCUAAACUUUUCGCCAAAAGAGCCUACAGAGAGCUGCGACUCCUCAAACACAUGAAGCAUGAAAAUGUGAUAGGACUUCUGGAUGUUUUCACGGCUGAAAUUUCACUGGACCGCCUCAGAGACUUCUACCUGGUCAUGCCUUUCAUGGGUACCGACCUGGGCAAGCUCAUGAAGUUGGAGAGGCUCUCAGAGGACCGAGUUCAGUUCCUUGUCUACCAGAUGAUGAAAGGACUCAAGUAUAUCCACUCAGCAGGGAUCAUCCACAGGGAUCUGAAACCAGGAAAUCUCGCCAUCAACCCAGACUGUGAGUUAAAGAUUCUAGACUUUGGCCUGGCAAGGCAAGCUGAUGCAGAGAUGACGGGUUACGUUGUGACCCGCUGGUACCGAGCCCCAGAGGUCAUUCUCAACUGGAUGCACUACACGCAAACAGUGGAUAUCUGGUCUGCUGGCUGUAUCAUGGCAGAGAUGCUGCUGGGGAAGCCGCUGUUCAAGGGCAACGACCACCUGGACCAGCUACGAGAAAUCAUGAAGAUCACAGGAACGCCUGCUGCUGACUUUGUGGUGAAGCUACAAAGCCAAGAUGCCAAAAACUACCUCAGAGGUUUGCCAAAAGUGGCCAAAAAAGAUUUGCACUCAAUUUUCUCUAAGGCUAGCACCAACGCGGUGUGCGUGCUGGAGAAGAUGCUCCUCCUGGACCCGGAGGAGAGGGUGAGCGCCUCGGAGGCCCUCGACCUGCCUUUCUUCAGCGAAUUCCGGGACACAGAGGAGGAAACCGAGGCACAACCAUACGACCAAACUAUGGACAACACUGACCUGACGCUGGACCAGUGGAAAAGGCACACGGUCACUGAGAUAUUGACCUUCAGACCGCCCAAGGACUCCAGAGAGACGUCGCUUUAAGUACACAAGAACACAGAUUUGCACAUGCUACAAUUUUUUUAAUGCGUAGAAUGCUUAUUUUGGAAUAAAUGUUAUUUGUAUAAUAAUGGGAAGAGUGACAUA